CAGCAUAUUUAUGGUACACAUUGCAAGAAAGUUAAUGCUUGGACAUGGAUGAAUAUAACGUAACAACUUACAACGUUAAUCUUACCGCACCUAUUUUUUCUAUCAAUCCUGACUUCAUUACACAAUGGAAACUGAGACGUAAGCAAGAAAAAAAUUGCAAGUUUCUUUAUCGACGAUUUAACCUAUUGCACUAUCCCGAGUGUCGUAAUUUAUUGGAUACUUCAGUUUAUCAUCGAUUGCUGCAGAAGGUGAAGGAUCCUCAAGGUUUCAUAGACAUAAAUCAAGCCUCUCAGACGGAAGCCGAUAAUGUAUCUGAAGGCGAUUUGAAUGAUUACUGGAGUUGGCUGAAAUUAGGUGACUUUAACCCUAUAGAAUCGAUAAACCAAUCUUCCUAUGACUUUGGAAACGAAAAUACAUCGUACCAGAACAACGUAUCUGACUUAUAUGGAAUGAACAAUGAAUACGAGACAAGUUCAGUACAAGUUCUUCCACCAUUCGAACUAUGGCAGUCAAUAUUCAUUGCAAUUUGUUUGGCUAUCUGUAUUAUUCUUACAAUCGGCGGCAACAUAUUAGUCUUGUUAGCGUUUAUUGUAGAUCGAAGCAUAAGACAACCUAGUAAUUACUUCAUCGCUUCGUUGGCGGCGACAGAUAUGCUUAUUGGAACAGUCUCCAUGCCAUUCUAUACGGUGUAUGUGCUUAUGGGUUAUUGGGAUCUGGGACCUCUUCUUUGUGACCUGUGGCUGUCGGUGGACUAUACAGUUUGUUUAGUAUCACAAUACACCGUACUGUUGAUAACCAUCGAUCGUUUUUGUUCUGUAAAGAUAGCGGCAAAGUAUCGCAGCUGGCGAACGAAAAACAAGGUUAUAUGGAUGGUUAUGAUUACAUGGAUCAUACCGGCGUUAUUAUUUUUUAUUUCCAUUUUUGGGUGGGAGCAUUUUGUUGGAUACCGUGAUCUAUUACCCGGCCAGUGUGCGGUACAGUUUCUGAAGGAUCCCGUUUUCAAUACUGCACUUAUAAUUGGCUAUUAUUGGACAACGCUUGUGGUACUAUUUGUGCUUUACGGUGGGAUUUACAAAACAGCCUACGACAUGCAGAAAAAAAGUGAAGCUAAACAACGUAAAAUGCAAUCAAUGGUAGCUCUUAGCAGUGCUAUGACGGGCAUGGCAGGACGCGCUGCCGGAAUUGGAAUAUCAAAAACUCAGAGUACGCUGCUCAGCACCGAUAGACCAUGUACUACAGCACUUCAAAACGACCACGGAGAUUUAUUAAUAGCAUUCAAUGGCUCAAAAGCUUUGAAAACUCCUACUGGCAAUAGCUUAGAGGACGGUAAAACAGUAAAUCGGCUUCCUUUAGAGAAACAAAAUAAGAAUUCAUCAACAACUAGAGCUACGGAGACUACUACCACCUGUCGCAGCACAACGUCGCCAAACUCAAUUGACAAAAGGUAUAACGAGAAUAGAUCAGAUGUAGAGCAUUCCAAUAGCCCCGGAUUCGACUCUGAUGAAGAUAGUGCAAACGGUAUUAAUGUAGAACAGGAGCAGUUAACAAAGAUGACAACAAAACACACGUCUUUAGCUGGUCUACUCGUUGAAGCUUCAUCUGCCGUCCUUUCCUCGCGCUAUAAUGGGUCCUUAGUUACGACUACCGUGACACAUGUUGACGGUAUCAACCAGCAAUUGAUGAAAAUUGCUAAACAUUCUGACACUGCAACUGGGCAUGAAACUUUGUCGAAUAUUCUAGAAUUGAAUAGUCCAGAUGACUCUGUAUCUAUAUCUGAUCCACAACAGAAAAGGCUUUGUACUUCAGGUAAACCUUCGCCACUGCUCUCACCUUUAUCUACAGUGGGUAACAUCGAUUCACAUAGUCCUAGCGACCGUCACGACAUAACAAAUGUUGGAGAUAGUGGUGCAUCAAAUAUGAUUAUAACACCUCCGCUUGGCUUUCAAACAAGACUGGUCUCAUCCGAUAGUUCACGUUCAACUGAUCGCCUAAGUGGCAUAGUUAGUUUGGGAGAUUCCAUUGCUACAUACGACGCCAUGAUCACGAUGGAUGGAGCCGAUUAUAGAUUUAUGGACGAAACCUCCAUUAUGCUUUCGUCUCCACAAUACGAAAAUCCAACGUCCAGCAUGCCCUCAUUUAGUCAAUCAGAUGGGCAAAGCUUUGCAAAUCCUUCCCUUUUACAAAAAGCUUUACUGCGUGCAACAGCGCAACUACAACAACCAGCACCAACAGUUGUCAUGAGCUUGUUUCACAUGGACAGUGAAAAGCAUUCAUCGGAACUAUCAAUUCCGCCAUCCAAAUCGAAAAGUAACAAUACCACCGUUAACAUAAGCGUACAAUCUGAAACUAUGGACAAUCCGGCAGCAAUGGACAGCAUUAGCUGCAGCAGUUCUUGUAAACUCAACACAAACCUUGAAAUUAGCCAAAAUGUUUUUCAGCGCAAGGAUAGUAAGGUAAUAGUGAAAUUCGAUGAACAACAUGCAUUGAUGGAAACAUCAACUAAAAGUGUUUAUACAGGAAGUGAUGCACCUACUACGAUUGCGAUUGCAGCCAAAUCAUCUAGUUUAUCAAUAGCGGCAAAACCAGACAAUGUGGUUAAUAGUAUAGGCCCACGGAUAGUUGUUAAUCCCAAGAAACGUGCGGAGUGUGAACCUUGCAGCAGUUCAGGAUUUUUCCGGUCACUUGGUAGAAGGCUAAAAGGUGGCCGUAAGAAACCUGUCAUUGACCCUUUCAAUUUACCAGGUCGACAGAAGUCCAAAUCUGAAAAUCGUGCCCGAAAGGCUUUCCGAACCAUAUCAUUUAUCUUGGGUGCCUUUGUAGCUUGUUGGACUCCCUACCAUGUAUUGGCUCUAGUCGUAGGAUUUUGUUCGACGCCUCCUUGCGUGAAUGAACACCUGUUCAUGUUUUCAUACUUUCUAUGUUACGCAAACAGUCCAAUGAAUCCUUUUUGUUAUGCUUUAGCCAAUCAGCAGUUUAAAAAAACAUUCACCCGCAUUUUACGGGGCGACCUACAUAUGACUUAAUUUUCUUGUAAUGGACACUACGAUUUCAAAUUAAACCUAGACUAGAAUUAUUCGAGAAUGAAACUAACGUUACAAAUUUGCAAAUAAUAAUACCAAAUAAGGGAAAUUAUUCAUAGAGCUUAAUAUACACGGAAUAAUUACUUAAGAUCAAGAUUUGUUUCAAGCUAAAUGACUCGUCCACGUAUAGGACAAUAAUAGAAUUAAAAUUGAAUAUUGAAUGUAAUGUUCAACAAACAAACCGUAGUUGUUAUUAGAAGUACAAUAUAGGAAAUUAAUUAAAGAAAAAUUAAAGUUAAAUAAAAAUGAUAAAUGACCAACAUUCAAAAGACUUCCCACUAUGUUUAAAGAUGCAAUUAUAAGCUCCAAUAAAACCCCCGUUAUUCCAGUAUUAUCACAUGAAGUUGCUACUGAAGAGGAAAUAAUUUUUCAAGUCACUGCAAGAAAAUAUGUAGGUCAUAUUCAUUUUAAUACAUACACAGCAGAGUUUAUAGACAAAAUGAAAACAUAUAUGAAAUCGGUUUUUGAAAGUUAUCCCUAUUUUUCAGUUGUUUAUAUCUUCCUACGUUUCUUAACUUCAUGCAAUGAAAUUCAAUUUGUAAACAUGAACAUUAAAUUAAUAAAAGUAUAUGUAUAAAAGUAUAGAAAAGACAAUAGAAAGGAACCAAAUCAUUUAUAUGGUACAUAAUCCCUUGUUAGAGAUAAUAACCAAUUGUAGACUGGUACAAAAGAGUGGUGCAUACAAUAAAUUCGGAAGAAAUAGCAUCUCUCGAUAUAAAAAGCCCUUUAUAAGCAUGACAAAACAUGUCAAUAAUUUUAUAUACAUUUUAACCAUGUAUUUGUUGGAAUAUUUAGGAAUUUGUAAACGGAAUAUAUCUCAAUCGCAAUAUAAAAUAAAGUGUUUAAAGGGUGACGAAUUUACAAUAACACCCAGAAAAAAAAAUAAGCAAGUUGGACCUAGUUGUAUAAAAAAGAAUAGAAUUAGUAGUGUUCCAAUCGUUCAAGCUAUGAAGCUCAAGGAAAGUUUUAUAAUUCGUUAUUAUUGUACGAAUAUUUUAACAAUACGAGAUCGAUACGAUACGAACGAUACGAGGUUGAAGAUACUUUACCACUCCGUUUUCAUUACGAUUCAGCAUUGCAACAAAAGUCCGACGUGUCAAAUAACAAUUUGUAAAACUCAUACCAUUUUCCUAUCUGGAUUGAGCCCCU